CUUUUCUACAAGAGAAUUAAACCCUUUUUUUUUGUUCGUUUAAACUCUUUUGAUAAUGGAUUCGUAUUACGUAGGGUUUGUGGUCAGAGACGAGCCACACUUUCUAGAGUCUUGCUCUCUUUGCCGCAAAACCCUUUCUCUUAACUCUGAUAUUUUCAUGUACAGAGGAGACAUGGCAUUUUGUAGCCAAGAGUGUAGGCAAGAACAGAUUGAGUCUGAUGAAAAGAAAGCCAAGAGAUGGAGAAAAGCAUCGUCUUCUUCGUCGUCGUCCAGAUCUAAAAACUCCGUCGCCGGGAAAACCGUACGGACGGAGACUCUUGUCGUGUCUUAGUUAUUACAUGUUCACGAGAAGAGAUCCUUUUUUGGCUUGUGGGUUUUCUUGGUUUAAGUUUAAAGAAAACAAAAUAAUAAUGAUAAAGUCACUUCUAAAUUACUGUGUUCUAAUUUAAUUGGGCUUGUCACGAAAUAUGUUGGCCCAUUUGAUAGGCCCAUGCUCUCAUUUCUGAAGAUCUUAAUACAC